AUGCAUAGUAGACACGACGCGGCGGAUGACACCCUUGUCGAAAGACUGUUCACGGAUGAAGGCGAUCAAGUAUGCAGCGGUUCCGAGACGAUUUCGUCUUCUUUAGCCGGAAAUGUUGACAUCAUGCCUAACAAUUCCGCCACAGUCGAGGGUGAUCAUAGCUUUCAUCUGCAAACCCCCAACACCUAUACCGAGGACUGCCAGGAUCCCCGUUUGACGGCAACUGCUGCACGACCUACCGAAACUGAUGAAGCGAUUGAUUCCGACGUUAGCGUUGGCACUGAUGACCACCAGGGCGAAUCGGAUGCAAUUGGCUUCAUUCCAGCUGAGGAUGGUGACUUUUCCAGAAGUGAUCAGUUCAUGGCCACUGAGAACAACCAGAAUUUUAUUCCCGAUAUGAGUGCUUUAGGCCAGACGGAGGACAGUGGGGAAGACUCUGAUCAAGAAGCUGCAGCACCCAAUGCUCCUAUAUUCGAUGGAAGCUCAGAGAAGAUAGAGAAGAUCCGUUCGUUUUUGCCAAGAAUUUACCGCAUGACCAAAGACGAAGUAGUCACUCUGCUGCUGGAAAACAUCUUAUACAACCAAAACGACAUCAUUGCCAUAAAUAAGCCAUAUGGCCUGCCGGCGUUUUAUUCGAAAGACAUGCCUUUUUGCGUUCUUUCGCUACUGCCGUUGCUUCGACCGUUUCUGGCUCCGAAAUGCGACUUUCUGCGCCUUAUUCACAGACUUGAUCAACAGGCUACCGGCGUUUUGCUCUUGGCCUCGGACUUCAAUUAUGUCAAAAAUGUUGACAGUCGGAACGAUUGGGGUGAGGUCUAUCGGAGCGAAACACGAGCGUCGGAAAUUUCGGGUCUUAUGCGAGAGAGGAAAGUGGUAAAGACUUACGUGUGCAUAACGAAGGCAGUUCCAAACCCAAAAUCUGGGAUCAUCAGGAUACCUCUGGCCGAGAGAGAAGUAUCUAACAGGUUUAAGGUUUACUGUGCGAAUUUGAAAUCCAGCUAUGACGCAAAAUUUUUAGGGAUAAAGCACCAGAUUAGGUGUCAUCUCGGUUACGGUAUCAACUGCCCAAUUAUGGGCGAUCACAAGUACUCCAGUUUCUUGAGGCACAUCCCUCAGCGUCUUUCCAGCGUUACUCUUCAACGACUUGGAAUCCGUGCUUCGAAGGCACGACAUAUGCCGAUGUUACUUCACGCUUCCAAAGUACGUAAAAUGCUGUUUCCUGUCAUUCUAUUAUAUGCCUGGUUUUCUUGUUUAGAUCGAAAUACCAAAAAUCAGCCAUGGCGAUAA